GUAUCUCGUUUCUUCCCUCACCGAAGUCGAAGUGUCGCAAUGAGAAGGACCUUGGCCAUGAGCGUCGCGCGACAAAUGGUUCUUAUAUAUCUCAUAGCCAUAAUCUCGGCAGUGGUGAUGGUCGCCCUAACUUGAUCAAAGGUUCGUAGUGCUCAGGUCGCACAUGUGCUCAGUUUUCUCCGGCCCUGACAAAUAUGCAGAUGCUGCAGAGCACAGCGAUUGGCAUGCUAGCUUGACCUCGAAGCGAGCCCUAAAAAAGGAAGGUUAUGAAUCAGAAGAUCUGCUGUAUAUCCACGAAAAGCGACGACGGCUCUUGCAGACGGGAGACUGGACAGGUGUCAACAGACAAAUACCCGUCGCGGUUGAUUUUGAACGCAGUCCCGCGAGAAACCGAAUUCCCGGAUGGAACAAAAAGGUCAGCUCGCCACAAGCUGUUGGUAUUUUGAGGGCCAGCGAUGGUUUGAACGCAGCAACCAGAUAUCGUGGAUUUCCCCAAAGUGGCCUGCAUCCUCCAAGCGAAUCUUCCUACAGAAUACACAUUGGAAGUCAUCAAGCACAACGGCAGUACGCGCCUGUGCUUGAAAAUGAUACCCAGCAACUCCAGGCUCCGUCAUGUUCUUCAACGAGUGGUGCCUCGCGGCGGAGCUCCAGCUGCGUCAGCUCCUUAUAUGGUUGUCGUCAGCAUCGACUGCCAGGAGCCGAGAAGCCCGAACAGACGACGGCCUCCGCCAGACGCCAGCCACAAGAAGCAGAUCUUGGACAACAAGGCGGCUCUUGUCGCUACUCGGCAAGCACACGACAGUCACGCGACUCCAGUUUGGAAGGUCAUCUGCCUCACAUUACUUACUCUUCCUCGGUCAUCCACGUCCCGGUCCCUCAUCGCCAUGCAAGAAGAUUCGAUGCCGUCCUAGAUUGGUCUCCCACAAAGUCAGAUAACGCUCCAAGUAGCGUGGAGGUAGAGAUCGGCGACCACGGCAGACGGAUGGUGACUCAUAAGCAGCAGGCAAAUGAAGCGAGUUGGAGGAGCUGGCUUGAUCCCUCGAGUUGUUCCCCUUCCUCGGCAUCGCCGUCACUGCCACCGCACAUCUCAAUUAGCCCCGGAAUUAGUGAGCUACCUUCACUCAUGGCACUUGAAUUGCCCGAAUUCGAUUCCUUCUGCGUUGAGAAAUCCAGGAAUCGGGAGACAUUUGCGCAGCCAAAGAAUGACAGGCGCGUCCCUGACCAACGGAUGCCCGAGACAAUCCCAACAAAUGCUAGUAUCACAGCCGUUGCAAACAAUGAUGCAACAGUUCUCCUCGACUUUGCAAUCGAGCAACGGAGAUUGACGAAAGGACAAGAACAGAAAGUAAAGGCCCUCACCAAGCAGGAAAGAGACGAUUUAGACAAUCGCAAGUGGAUGGGCUUCUUAUUCGAUGGCGAUGAAAACAGCAGUGACAUUGUGAACAACGCGCUCGACGAAGCCACUUUCCGAGCCGCCCAAGUGGCUAGCCGGAGGGACCAAGUCUCUCCAAAGACUCCUGCGAAGGCGCCGGUCAACAACCCAUUCCACGAAACGAGCUCACUCGCGACGUGUGGAACAAAGAAGAGGCAGACUGUUCCGGUGAUGAAAUGGGAGAGUGAAGCCUGUGACGCUUUGAGCCCUCAACUCCAUCAUUCUUCUCUUGCCGCGAUGCCUCAUAGUCUGCCAUCAUCGCCUGAGCCUGACCAAUCGAGUCAUGAGAAUGUGAGCAUGGCGGAAAACGCCACUUCCACCGAGGACAAACUAACGCCGAAGCCAUUGUUCACAAUGCCGUCGACUUUUGUGGGCAAGCUCGCAGUAUCAGGAUGCGGACCGGGGCCGGCUUUGCACAAAUCGUGCCUACCGCUCUUGUCAUCUACGUGCGGAGCCAAAAGAGGACGCCGCAAGAGAAAGGCCCUGGACGGCAGGCCCGAGAUCCGCAAUCUUCCCGACUUUGACGGUGAUCCGAUUGAAGAAUCGUGAACUUUAGAAGGUGUGAACAUUGACACCAUGGGCAUGCAAAUGUGGUUUUCUCGGUAUUUGCAAAGGCCUGCAACUUUUGCAGAGCAAAUAUUCGCUUGAUUUCUGUUUUAAACACAACAUGUCCUUGGUACUCUUGCCAACUUG